UUUCGCAGGCAUAAAACCCCUUACAAUCUACACUCAGAACAGUACUUAACUAAAGCAGCCAAAAUGACCAGUCUUACUGCUAAGGAUAAGGACACUGUCAAGGCCUUCUGGGCAAAAAUCUCCCCCAAUGCAGCGGCCAUUGGAGAAGAUGCUCUUGCCCGGAUGCUGGUGGUGUACCCACAGACCAAGACCUACUUUUCCCACUGGAAGGACCUGAGUCCCGGCUCUGGCCCGGUGAAGAAUCACGGUGCCACAGUGAUGGGUGGAGUUGCUGAUGCUGUGGCCAAAAUCGACAAUCUGACUGCAGGUCUCCUGGACCUCAGCGAACUGCAUGCCUUCACUCUGAGGGUGGAUCCUGCUAACUUCAAGAUUCUCGCCCACAACAUCCUUGUGGUCUUGGCAAUCACCUUCCCCAGUGACUUCACCCCUGAGGUCCAUGUGGCUAUGGACAAGUUCCUGGCUGCUGUGGCUCUGGCUCUGUCUGAGAAGUACAGAUAAACAACUGGAGAAGAGACAAAGAUGCAUGGGUCCACUCUUGAUAUGAUAAAUAAACAAAUGAUUGUAUUGAGGAAUUGA